GGUCCUUCAUCAGUCGUGUGACUCGAGAAAAGAAGACGAAUCUUCUCCAAAGCCUGGGUUGGUGCAGACGCGCAGAAGAAACAGAGGAGCGGUGAAUGCCUUCGAAUUCCCUUCUCGUCCGCCUCCGAGCUCUCUCUCUCUCUCUCUACCCCGUUGGUCUCGCAAUUUCUGAUUUCCUCCCAAAUUGGUGGUCAAAUUCGCAAUACCAUCUUCACUUUGCGCACUCGGAUGCCCCUUUUGUGAGUUGCAAGCCUCCCUCUCCCUCUCCCGGGGUGGAAAGGUUUCAAAUUUAGUGAGGUGAGAUCAUGAAGAUGCUUUUUUCGAUUCUGGUCUCUUUAAGGGGUUUCUACUUUGGUUUGUAAGAUGUUGAGCUGGUGGUAGUGUGACUCUCUAAUUGGAGAAUUGGAGUGGGAAGAUAGAGUAUAAUGAGGUUGUUUCCAUUGAGCUCCAGCUCGAGCUCGAGCUCAGGCUCGAGCCUGGUGAAGGAGGAAGGAGGCGAUCGUGCUUUUCUGUAUCUCAAUGUCUAUGAUCUCACUCCAAUUAACAACUAUCUUUACUGGUUUGGGCUUGGGAUUUUCCAUUCGGGUAUUGAAGCCCAUGGCUUAGAAUAUGCGUUUGGAGCUCAUGAAUAUCCUACAAGUGGGGUUUUUGAGGUGGAACCAAGAAGUUGUCCUGGCUUUAUUUUCAGAAGAUCAGUGCUAUUGGGCAGUACCAACAUGUCUUGUUCAGAAUUUCGAUCAUUUAUGGAGCGCCUCUGCCAAAAAUAUCAUGGAGACACUUAUCAUUUGAUUGCAAAGAAUUGCAAUCAUUUCACUGAUGAAGUGUGCAAAGAAUUGACUGGAAAGUCAAUUCCUGGAUGGGUAAAUAGACUGGCCCGAUUAGGUUCUUUCUUCAACUGCCUACUUCCACAAAGCAUACAGGUUGCGGCAGUUCGACAUCUGCCUGACCAUCCAACAUAUUCUGAUGAUGCCUUGGACUCGCCUGCAUCGUCUGUAACAGUGGAUAGUGAGGAGGAUGAGUUAGAUCAUCACUUGCUGACCUUGCCUGAUGGAGAUUUUGCAUUUCUCAAAGAAAAACCAGUGAGACUGGCCAAGGAGCUCCUUUAAAUUCUUCAAAUCCAUUGCACUGGCAUUUGAAUUAUAGCCAUUGGUGAAUGGCCCAUGAUUUCCAUAUCCAAUCGGUUGUAACAUCAUCGCUACUAUCCACAUAGGAGUACCCAAUACUUGAUAGAUGUAGAUCCAUUGUAUGUAGGUGUAAAACUCUACUCCUGUUAUUACAGGUAAUAACCGGGUAGAUUACCUUGGCAGUUGGCAUUCUUUUCAGUUUGCACCUAAUGAGUUUACACUAGUUUCAUA